ACGCCAUUUCUGCUGGAGUUUUCCCUCACUCUCAAGAGUAACAGUAACAGAUCUCAAUUCAUUCACACAUUCCCCACCUUCAAGCCUUGGCUUUCACUCAAUCUCCUUCAUCAUUCUCUUUCUCUUUCUCUCUCUGCAUUUUCAUCUCUAAAACUUCCUUUCUUCUAUGUCACAUUCUCAUUCACGUUCUUCAUUUCUCUCUCAACUUCUCUUAACUUGUUACAAUUAAACCCCAUUUCUUCAAAUUUAUGUAACAAACAAAACUAACCCAAAAUGAGUUCUCAACCCUCUACCAAAUCAGCCGCAAAACCCUCAAAACCCACAUCCCAAACCCAGCAAAACUCUUCCAGAUCCUCUUCUUUGUCUUCCCACUUGGCCAUGGUUGAACUUAAGCAGAAAAUCCUCACCUCUCUCUCUAAACUGGCCGAUCGAGAUACUCACCAAAUCGCCAUUGAAGAUCUUGAGAAGACCAUUCAAACCCUCUCCCAGGACUCCCUUCCCAUGCUCUUGAACUGUCUCUAUGAGUCCUCUAAUGACCCCAAGCCGGCUGUGAAAAAAGAGUCGUUAAGACUUCUGGGUCUUGUUUGUGAGUUGCAUACUGAUUUAAGUUCUACUCAUGUUACUAAGAUUAUUUCCCACAUUGUUAAGAGGUUGAAAGACAGUGAUUCUGGGGUGAAGGACUCGUGUCGCGACGCGAUUGGGUCCUUAUCUAAGCUGUACUUGAAUGGGAAGGAGGAGAAUAGUGGAAGUGUUGUUACGUUGUUUGUGAAGCCUUUGUUUGAUGCAAUGAAUGAGCAGAACAAAGGGGUGCAAUCUGGUGCGUCUAUGUGUAUGGCUAAGAUGGUGGAAAGUGCUUCGGACCCACCUGUUGCUGCGUUUCAGAAGCUUUGUCCUAGGAUUUGUAAGUUGUUGAAUAAUCAGAAUUUCGUGGCCAAGGCUUCUCUUUUGCCUGUUGUGGGGAGUUUGUCUCAGGUGGGAGCUAUUGGACAACAGAGCGUGGAACCAUUGCUGCAAAGUAUUCAUGAGUGUCUUGCGAGUACAGAUUGGGCUACACGUAAGGCAGCAGCUGAUGCUCUAAGUGCUUUGGCAAUGCAUUCAAGCAAAUUGGUUACAGAUGGAGCUUCUUCCACACUAACAGUGCUUGAAGCUUGCCGAUUUGACAAGAUAAAACCUGUCAGGGAUAGUAUGACAGAGGCAUUGCAGUUAUGGAAGAAGAUUGCAGGAAAAGGAGAUGCAGGGUCAGAUGACCAGAAAGCUUCUCAUGAUGGUGACACUCCUGCAUCAGCUGAGGACUCAAAAAAUUCAAAUCCUAGUGACAGGAGAUUAGAGCCAUCGGCCAAAGGUCCAUCUAAUGGUUUGUCCCCUACUGCAGGUUCUCUUUCUAAAGGCAAAGGUGGAAGCAUUUCAGACAAAGCAGUUGUAAUUUUAAAGAAGAAAGCGCCUGCCUUAACUGACAAAGUGCUAAACCCAGAAUUUUUUCAGAAACUUGAGACUAGGGGUUCGGGUGAUUUGCCAGUUGAAGUAGUCCUUCCUCGUAGAUUUCAAAACUUUUUAAACUCAAACAAUGUGGAAGAAUUAGGACCAAAUGAUUUGGAUUCAAGGGGAAGACCUAAUCGCAUAGGUAACAUGUCAGAUGACUUUUCUGGGUCUCUUAAUAGUAAACAUCGAAGCAUUGACAGAGGAACUGCUGGUGUAAGUGGAAAAGACCUGAAAAUGAGGGCAUCUGAUGUUGAAAGAGAGUCGUCUGGCAAUCGUGCUGGUUUUUCUAAAACUGAUGGCCAAUCUGAAGGAUCCUUCAUUAACAACAAAGGGAAUUGGUUGGCUAUCCAGAGGCAGUUAAUGCUACUGGAGAGACAGCAAGGUCAUCUUAUGAACAUGUUGCAGGAUUUCAUGGGUGGGUCUCAUAAUAGCAUGGUAACUUUGGAGAACAGAGUUAGGGGCCUUGAGAGAAUUGUUGAAGACAUGGCACGGGAUUUGUCAAUAUCAUCUGGUCGGAGAGGGGGUAAUUUUGCAAUGGGGUUUGAGGGAUCUGCUAAUAGACCCUCAGGCAAGUACAAUGGCUUCACUGAGUACCCCAGUGCUAAGUACAAUGGGCGGGUUCCAUUUGGGGAAAGAUUUGCUCAAUCAGAUGGCCUUUCUGCUGGUAACAGGGCCAGUAGGGGCAAUUCUUGGAGAUCUGACAUUUCUGAUGCUUGGGAUUUUCCGGCUUAUGGUACUUCCAGAAAUGGACAGGUUGGUUCUAGGAGAGCUCCAGGUGGUGGUCCCAUUGAUGGCAGAUCACCUAAAGCAGAACAUGAGAGUGAUCAGGCUGGCAGUAGGAGAGCUUGGGAUAAAGGGGGUGGACCUAUUAGGCUUGGUGAGGGACCUUCUGCAAGAAGUGUUUGGCAAGCCUCAAAAGAUGAAGCUACCUUGGAAGCCAUUCGGGUGGCUGGGGAGGACAGUGGAGCGUCUAGGUCGGCCAGGGUGGCUAUUCCUGAAAUGACUGCAGAAGCAAUGGGAGGUGAUAAUAUUGGGCAAGAGAGGGACCCAAUCUGGACUUCAUGGACUAAUGCAAUGGAUGCCCUUCAAGCAGGUGACAUGGAUACAGCUUAUGCCGAAGUUGUAUCUACUGGGGACGAUUUUUUGCUUGUGAAGCUAAUGGACAGAUCGGGACCUGUAGUUGACCAACUCUCAAAUGAGAUAGCAAAUGAGGUCUUUCAUGCUAUUGGGCAGUUUUUACUAGAGCAGAACUUGUUUGACAUUUGUUUGUCUUGGAUUCAACAGUUGGUAGAAAUAGUGCUGGAAAAUGGACCCGAUGUCUUCGGCAUUCCGAUGGAACUGAAGAAGGAGCUUUUGUUGAAUUUACAUGAAGCUUCUUCCGAAAUGGACCCACCUGAAGAAUGGGAAGGUGUGGCACCUGACCAACUUUUGUUGCAGUUGGCAUCAGCCUGGGGAAUUGAACUGCAACAGUUUGAGAAGUAGUUAGC